AUGCCUGCUACUGUGCUCAACGGCAACGGCUCCUCCAGCCAAGCCAACGUCCAGUCGGUGCCCACGCACGUCCGCACCAUCUGCUGUAUCGGUGCCGGCUACGUCGGUGGCCCCACGUGCUCCGUCAUUGCACACAAGUGUCCGCACAUCAAGGUCAUCAUCGUCGAUGUCAACCCGGUGCGCAUUGCUGCUUGGAAUUCCGACGUACUGCCCGUAUUCGAGCCCGGUCUGGACGAGGUCGUGCGUCAAUGUCGUGGACGCAACCUCUUCUUCUCGACCGACAUUGACGCAGCGAUCCAGGAGGCCGACUUGAUCUUCGUGUCCGUCAACACGCCCACCAAGACCUCUGGUGUCGGCAAAGGGUUUGCGGCGGAUCUGCACUACGUCGAGGCCUCGACACGUCGUAUUGCUUCGGUCGCUACGAGCUCCAAGAUCAUUGUGGAAAAAUCGACCGUGCCGUGCCGAACCGCCGCGAGUAUGCGAACGAUCCUCGAAUCCAAUUCGAGCUACACUGCCGAUGGCACGCUCAUCUCGUUCCAGAUCCUCUCUAACCCCGAGUUCCUGGCGGAAGGCACCGCGAUUCGCGACUUGAUGGCGCCCGACCGCGUGCUCAUCGGCUCGCUCGACACCCCACAGGGCAAAGCUGCCGCCAACGCGCUUAGCGAGGUCUACCAGAACUGGGUCGAUCCCGCCAAGAUCUACCAGACGGGGCUCUGGUCGUCCGAACUCAGCAAGCUCGCCGCCAACGCGCUGCUGGCCCAACGCAUCUCGAGCAUCAACUCGCUCUCAGCCAUCUGCGAAGCCACGGGGGCAGACGUGGACGAAGUCGCCCACGCCUGCGGCCUCGACGCACGCAUCGGACCCAAGUUCCUCAAAGCCUCGGUGGGUUUUGGCGGGAGUUGUUUCCAGAAGGACAUUCUGAACCUGGUGUAUCUGUCCGAGUCGCUGGGACUGAGUGAGGUUGCCGACUACUGGCACCAGGUGAUCAAGAUGAACGAAUACUCGAAAUCUCGCUUUGCGCGCAAAGUCGUCUCGACGCUGUUCAACACGAUCACGAUGAAGAAGAUUGCUGUGCUCGGCUUUGCCUUCAAAAAGGAUACCGGUGACACGCGCGAGUCGGCCGCCAUCACUCUGUGCAAGUACUUCCGCCAGGAGCGCGCGCAGAUUGCCAUCUACGACCCCAAAGUCACCACCAACCAGAUCAUGCUCGACCUCACCGAGCCCGGCGUGCUCGACGACGCCGAGGCGGUCAAGAAGCAGGUCAAGAUCGCAACCUCCAUGAAGGAAGCUUGCGUCGAUGCAGAGGCCGUCAUAAUCUGCACCGAGUGGGACGAGUUCAAGCACGCAUCCGCCCAGGACUGGGCCGACAUCUACCAGAGCAUGAAGAAGCCUGCGUUUGUUUUCGAUGGUAGAGGCAUCGUCGAUGCAAAGGUCCUGCGCAGUGUCGGCUUCAAGGUGCACGCCGUGGGCAAGGGACCCCUUAUUGUCGACCCCAUCUGGGCCUGA